GUCUUCUUUUAAGCGGAGAUGGGCAUCCUCCAGGAAUUUCAAGCCUCUUGCAUCCCUCCAUACGAAAUCACGAAAGUGACACAUGCUGAAUUGAAUGAUUAUGCCUCUCGCUGAGUUGCCGUCCUUCCUCUUUCCAAUUCUGUGCACCGAGUCCACCACCUCCGCGCAGAGAUUCUUUCGUUAUGGCUGGUGGUAUCUUUAAGGAGUUUCUCCACCGGUUCAUUCAGAAAGGAAAGCAUUAGCUGGUCAUGAGUGCUGGAGAGAAUGAUGACGGCUCUGCCAAUAUGAGUGGUUCAAAAGAAGACUUUUAUUCUGAACGAACCGAACAGGAGAGGUUAGACUCAUCAAAAUCAUCAGAUGUGUCUCUGAGGAGUGAGAGAUCAAUUCCUGUUCCACUGAACUUCAGUGAAGAAACACAAAGAAAUGCAGAAAGAACUAAACAGGAGAGAUCAGACUCACCAACAUCACAUCUGUCCCUGACGAGUGACAGAUCAAUUCCUGUUCCACUGAACUUCAGUAGUGAAUCACAGAAAAAUAGAAAAAGGAAACUGUCUGUUGAAGACAGACUAGAUCAUGGAAAGUCCACACCUGUUAAAAGAGUCUGUCAGCAGCACCACAGAGAUCUGGAGGUGUUCUGUAAGACUGAUAACAAGUACAUCUGUAACAUCUGUGUGGAGCAAGAAUGCCAAGGACACAGUAAAGUCUACACUGCAAAACCUGAUGUGCCAGACUGUCAAUCCCUGCUUCUUUAUAUUAUGGAGAACAUGGGGACAGAAGACUUCAAAAUAUUUAAAAGAAAACAAUCUGAGGAAUACCCAGAAUGCUUAGGGAGUAAGCCAGAUGAGCUCAGUGUCUCUGAUGCUGCUAAGAAAAUAGUGGAGAGCUUUGGAGGAGAAACAGCACUGAGAAUCAUGUUACAUUUCAAGAAAAAUGCUAAUCCGCUUCAAAAAAUCAUAGAAGCCAAUAAAACAAAACUUAAGAAUAAAUGUCAACAUAUAAAUGAAGGAAAUUCAUCUCAAGGUAAACAGUGUUUAUUGAUGGAGAUCUACACAGAUAUUUGCAUGACAGAGGGUGGAAGUGGAGAGAUAAAUAAUGAACAUGAGGUGUUGAGGAAUGAAAUGAUUUCACAAAGCAGAACCGCUCCAGAAAGUCAACUCACAUGUAAUGACAUCUUUAAAACGGUGCAAGGACAAAGCAAACAAAUCAGAACAGUCCUGACAAUGGGCAUAGUUGGCAUUGGAAAGCACGUGUCAGUGCAGAAGUUCAUUCUAGAUUGGGUGGAUGGAAAAACAAACCAAGAUAUUCAAGUCAUCCUCCAUCUACCAUUUCGCGACCUCAACCAGAAAAACGGGAGCUGCAGUCUUCUACAGCUGAUUCAGCAAUAUGCUCCUGAACUGAAAGAAGCACGUCUUCAAGAAAUUAAAAUGCUUUUUAUUUUAGAUGGGUUAGAGGUCUGUCAGUAUCCUCUUGAUUUCCAUAAGAAUGACUACUGCGUCGAUAUAAAUGAGGAAGUUCCUAUGGAUGUGCUGCUCACAAACCUCAUCAAGGGAAAUCUGCUCCCCUCAGCUCUCCUCUGGAUAACCACACGGCCAUCAACAGCCAGUCGGAUCCCUCCUGAGUGUGUCCAUCGGGUCACAGAGAUUCGAGGGUUUAAUGACAAUCAAAAGGAAACAUACUUCAGGAAGAAAAUCGGUGAUCAGAAGCUGGCAAAUGAAAUCAUCACACACAUCAAAUCAUGUCGGAGUCUCUACAUCAUGUGCCACAUGCCCAUCUUCUGCUGGAUUUCUGCCACUGUGCUAGAAAAUAUGAUGAGAAAUGGAAGCUCUGAUGAAAAACCUAAAACUCUGACUGAUAUGUUCACUCACUACCUGCUCAUUCAGAUCAGUUGGAAGCACAAGAAGUUCAAUGGAGCUGAUGCUGACAACCCAAAGAAACUCUCUGAAUAUGACAAAACAUUGAUUCUGAGACUGGGAGAACUGGCUUUUCACCAACUAGAGAAAGGUAAUUGGAUUUUCCAUGAAGAGGAUCUGAUAGAUGGUAAAAUUGAUGUGAGUAAAGUUUCAGAGUACUCAGUGUGCACAGAGAUGUUCAGAGAAGAGCUGGGUUUGUACAGGGAGAAGGUCUACACCUUUGUUCAUCUGAGCUACCAGGAGUAUCUAGCAGCGAUAUAUGCCCACUUUGCAUGUGUUAAUGAUGGAAAAAAUGUUCUUGACAAAAAUAAAUCAAAAAAUCUUUCUGAUAUACAUCAGAGUGCAUUGGACAAAGCAUUGAAGAGUGAAAAUGGCCAUCUUGACCUCUUCCUUCGCUUCCUUUUGGGUCUUUCUGUUGACCCUAACUGCACUCUCCUGCAAGACCUUCUCACCAUAGACCGUUUAUGUAAACCCUGUGUAGACAAAAACACGACAGUGCAUUUCAUCCAAGAGAGGAUCAAACAAGAACAAUCACCAGAACGAAUCAUCAAUCUGUUCCACUGUUUAAAUGAGCUGAAUGACAACUCUCUUGUUAAAGAAAUUCAGACGGCCAUGAAAUCAGGAACGCUCUUGGGUAGCGAGCUGGAGCCUGAGCAGUGGUCAGCAUUUGCUUAUGUCUUGCUGAAAUCUGAGGAGGAAUUAGAUGAGUUUGACAUGAAGAAGUUCCACACAUCAACAGCAAACCAGCAAAGACUGUUGCCGGUGCUCAGAAUCUGCAGAAGGGCCAGAUUGGAUUGUUGUAAUCUCUCAUUUGAGUCCUGUAGAAGAGUAGCCACGGCUUUCCAGUCAAUCAGCUCACUCUUGAGAGAACUGGAUCUGAGCAACAAUAAACUAGAUAAGUCUGGAAUCAACCUCCUCUUGGAUGGACUGAAGAGUCCACAGUGUCAAGUACAGAAACUGGGGCUGGCUGGCUGUAGUUUCCCAACAGAAUCCUGUACAAAUUUGGCCUCUGCUCUCGAAUCAACAAACUCACCACUGAUAGAACUGGAUCUGAGCUACAAUGAGAUAAGUGAUGAUGGAUUAAAAAAACUCUGUACUGGAAUUAUUCAUCAAAACUGUAGACUUGAGAAACUCAAGUUAAAGCGGUGUGGUCUCACAGUUGCUUGCUGUAUAGAUAUAGCAUCAGUUCUGAAAUAUAAUUUACACCUGAAAGAGUUGGAGCUGAAAAGCAAUGAUCUGCAGGAUUCUGGAGUAAAGCAGCUCUCAACAGGACUACAGGAUCCACAAUGUAGAUUAGAGAAACUGGGACUGUCGGGGUGUAUGAUCACAGAGGAGGGCUGCAGUUCACUGGCCUCAGCUCUCAGCUCCAACACUGGUCAACUGAGAGAACUGGAUCUGAGCUACAACCACCCUGGAGACGUAGGAGAGAAACUGCUCUCAGCUAAAAAAGAGGAUCCAAACUGUAAACUCGAGAAACUACAUGUUGAGAAAGGAGGAGAAUGUCGGAUGAAACCAGGUCUGAGAAAAUAUGUCUGUCAGCUCACAGUGGAUCUAAACACUGUACAUCCACGCCUCAAACUUUCUAAGGAAAAUCUGAAAAUAUCAGAAACUACAGAGGAGCAGAAAUAUCCUGAUCAUCCGGACAGAUUUACACUGUAUCCGCAGGUCAUGUGCGAAGAGGCUCUGACUGGUCGCUGUUACUUUGAGGUGGAGUGUGAGGGUGGAGUUGGAGUAGCAGUGGCCUAUAAAAGCUCAGAUAGAAAAGAGAAUAUAAUGGGAGUUAAAAACACAUUCCCUGCUCUCCACUGUCUAGAUGGCAAACUGAAGCUGUGGCAGAAUAAUGAGAUGACUUGUGAGUUCCCUGUGUCUGCUCGGUCUAAAAGAGUAGGAGUUUAUGUGGACUUGGAACAUGGAAGUCUGUCAUAUUACAGCAUUUGUAACAACAAACUCAUUCAUCUGCACACCCACCACAAUACAUUUAAAUACUGCUUAUAUACAGGGUUUAUUCUUCUGCCUGAGUCUUCAGUAACUCUGUGUAAGAUGACAUAAACCCUGAGAGUGAGCGGAUAUUUUAAGAAGAAUUUAAACAUAAAAAAAAAUAUAUAUAUAUAUAUAUAUAUAUACAACAUAUACUAAUAUACUGUACAGUAUGAAACAUUUUUUAACAGAAACGUUUUUUUUUUUUUUUUAAUGAAAUUCAAAACACUGUUCAAAUCUUACGCAGCGGAUGGACUGGAAUUUAUGGAACAUUUCAGCUAUAAUUAAUGAAAAUUAACAGAAAAGCACUGUUUUGUGUUUUAUAUUUUAACCACACAUGGUAAUAGAGAGUAGAUAAAAUAUAGUAGAGUUCUAUAGAGUGGCUUCAAGUCUUUAUUUCUGCUAAAUAGUAUGUAAAACUGUAUAUGAGUUAUAAUACCUAAUUGUUGUUGAAUGCUUUAUUUUUAUAUAUACAUUAAGAACUGUUUGUCUAUAAACACAUAAACACAUGCAUACAUUAUACAUAAAAGAACACUUAAUAAAUGUUUAAAUUAACAUUAGGAAGUCAUCUUGUUUUAAUAAUUUGUAUUGCUUUCCAACUCAUCAAAAUUUGUAAACAAACUCAGCAUUUAGAAGCUGCAGUAAAAAAAAAAAAAGUUUCUGUUUAAUGUUUUAUUGCAGCUGAACAUAUAAUAUGUGCAUUUACAAUACAAGCGUAAAGUGUUUUCCCCCAGUAUAUUAGUGCCACACCCCUGAACUCUUUGUAUUGGUUUUUCCCUCUUGUGCCCAUAUAUGGUUUUCCUGUUCCUGCCCUCGUUAUGUCAUUAUGAGUUAACCUUGUGUCACCUGUGUCUUAAUUAAGUUCAUUGUAAUCACCUGCCUUUAUAAGUUCCUUUCAGUUCAGUGUUUGUUGUCUCGUCUAUGUGUACGUGUGUUUCUGCCCUACUUGUGGAUUUACCCGUUUUGAAAAUAAUAAAGACUUUUGAUUUCAUUGAC